UGUUGUCAUUUGUCACUUGACGUCAAUGCCAGUACCAGACUGUGGAGGAGAAGAAACUAACAGCUAGCAUGGCUGACUGUAUAUUUGCGUUGUCGUCUGUCAGAGAUAUAUCUGCGGCGUGCAUACAUUGACACACGCGUACAUCUUGACAGCUGUAAGCUCGAAUUUUUCACGUUUUUUGGGGCUUCAUAGACGAGUUGGAAAUGCGUUGGUAACUUCGAACGGGUGGCUAAUGACAAGCUAAUGUUAGCAGGAUUUAUCCCGCCAUUGGUAGAGACAGCGGCGGGGGCGUGGUUAGAGGUCGGCCGAGAAAGGUACUCGCUCCAACAUUUCUAUUCAAGCUCAAGCUUUCUUCAAAUUCGUGCUUGUGGAUCGUUUGGCAACAACAAGUAGGUAAAAUGAUGUCACUGGAGAAGUCUGAAAAAGUUUCCAUCAGCCACUGUCCCUUUCCCCCUAAAACCGGCAAUAGUCAGAGCUCCAUGACGGCACCUGCUCAGCGUAUCUCCAGGAAGCGUUAUUCUGUGGGUGUUCCUUUUAAAAGACCGGCCAAACGUCGUCACCGCGACAGCAGUGAUGGUCAAAUGGAGUCAGUACUACCCACGCACUUUUUGAUGGGCGGAAACAUCUUUGACCCACUAAAUCUGAACUCUUUGUUGGAUGAUGAUAUCAACAGGUCAACCAAUCAGGAGACUCAGAAGUGUUCGCCCCUACCACCCAGGAACAAAGGCCCUGUAGAGAUUUUGGUUCCUCGAGACAUUACUGACCCUUUAAACCUGAAGGGGGAUGAAAAGGGUGUCCUACUGUCUCCAUUAAAGUCCAGGAGGAGACACAGAAACCGACACGGAGGAGAAAAAGUAGCGAUGCCCGCACAACCAUUUCCCUUCACUGAUCGACUAACCGUUGCAUUGUUGGCAGGAGAGGGCAGUGCUCUUAUUUCUCCACUUCCUUGUGAACUUAACACUGCUAUCACCUGUCGAGAGGACAUUGCUCCAUCCCCUGUCCUUUCCAGAAGACACACACACCCUCCUCCAGGGGCCGCCCACAAUUCAGGUGACCACCGUCGCAAGAGUCGACGACGCACCACCUCGACAAAGUCGUCCCAUCUCAUCUCUGACUUGGUCACUAAGACAACCUGGUUCCAGACACCGUUAGUGGGAGGGGAGGGAACUGUCCGGUGUACAAGUAAAGCAGUUGCUGUUCAGCCACCGAAGAAGGACAAACACCGCUACCAGUAUGGCAACCACUGCCACUACUAUGGUUACCAUGGUUUCUAUGGCGUCGGAUGGGAGGGUCGUGUCGGGCCCCAGGAGGACUUACGGCUCCGCUUGCUGGAAGCUGACUGGUUCAGAGACAAAAAAGUGCUGGAUGUAGGCUGCGGUGCUGGUCACUUGACAUUAAGUGUUGCCCGUGAGUUUAACCCUGCACAUAUCCUGGGGGUGGAGCUCGAUGGGAGAUUGGUUCAUGCUGCAAAGCAGAACAUCAGGCAUUUCCUGUCACAUGAUCUGGUGGAGGAGGAAGCAAAGAGGGGAGGCUCCACUAUGUCUUUGUUUUCUCCAAGGAUGGAAGGAGUCAAAACAAAGGGGAAGAAAGACUUAAUGCAGCAGGGAGAGGAAGAUGAAUCUUUGCGUCUCUUCUCCUUUCCCUUGUCUUUGAGGGUGAGUCGUGGUCCUCUGGCAGCUCCUCCUCUGUUCCUUGCUGCUCCUCGACCUCCCUGCAGAUUUCCUAACAACAUCUCAUUUAUCCAGGGUGACUAUGUGUCAGAGCAGGAGUUCUGGCCUGGGCGAGGUCAGUACGAUGUCAUCAUCUGUCUGGGUGUGACCAUGUGGGUGCAGCUGCAGGCAGGUGAUGGAGGUCUUGUCCGACUGUUUAGACGAGUCUAUCAGAGCCUGUCGCCAGGCGGGUUGUUCGUUCUCGAGCCACAACCGUGGCAACGUUAUGGUCGGCGCAAGAAAGCCUCGGCAACAACGGUCCAUCACUACAGGGGUUUGCAGCUGAGACCUGAACAGUUCACCUUUUACUUGAUGAACAAUGUCGGCUUCAGCUCUUACAGACUCCUCACACACACUGGUAAGCAACAGCCUAUCUACCUGUUCCACAAAAGUUCCGGCCACACGGACAGGAAGUGACAUCCUAAUGUUGCUCCUUGGCGGGCGGCUGUUACAAACAGAAUGACGCUGCUUUUUGAUGAUAAUAUGCUGAGCAGUGCUCCUGUCAUAUGGUUGGAUGGUUAGUCUUUUACUCGAUUAUGGACUCAGGAUCCUGACAGGACUCUGAUUGGUGACUUCAGACUGGAACUGACCUACUUUGCAUAAGGAAAGGUUUUCUCAUGGUGUUUGAUUAAACUGUUUUCUUGCAGAACCA